CCUAAUUAGUACAUAAUCUUUGUCUAUCUGAAUCUUACUAAAUUAUCAUCCAAUCUAAAAAAAACUCGCUCUACAGUAGAUUAUUUUUCUUGGAAGACGAGCUGUUUCUUGCUUCUGCGCACAAACAAAACCUACCCAUGCGCACAUCGAAUCUCUCUCUUUUUUCUCUGUUUCUGUUCAGACCGAAAUCUUCGCGUCAUCAUCAAAUCCAUCACUGUCUAGUUUCUUGAAUUUUUGUUUAGCAUUGGUACUUGUUUUUGUUCUUGAGCCCUGAUCUGUCUUGCUUCUACUUUUUCUUGAAACUGAAAACAUUUCAUUGCGUGUUUUUUUAUCAUACUGUCUUAAAAAAUGGUUCCUUUCUUCUUGUGUAGGUUAUUCUAAUCUUGAAUGGUAGUUAAUUCUACAAAAAUAGAAGUUUUUUUUGUAUGUAUUAGUAUAACUUACUAUGCCUUGAUGUGGGUGGAUCUUCACUUAAGAACCCAGAUUUUAACUCUUCAAAACUUAGGGUUUGUUUUAUCUCAGGACAUUUUACAGACACCUGGUGUGCAGUUUCGUUUUUGUUGCUCAAAACUGUUUGAUUGCAUAUCAAAGUCAUGGGUUGUGUCCAUGGGAAGUGUUGUUGUAGCCGGUACCCGUCAUCAUCAGAUGGGGAUUCGAGGGAGCAUCAUGAAGCUGGUCAUUUGGGUGGUGGUAAGCAUAUACUUACUCAAAGAUCGCUUGAGGUUGUUCCUAUUCCUUCACAUAACUUCAAGUUGCAGUACUCUGUUUUGACUCAGAGAGGUUACUAUCCCGACUCGCCGGAUAAAGAGAAUCAAGACAGUUACUGCAUUAAAACUCAAAUUCAAGGUAACCCGAAUGUUCAUUUCUUUGGUGUGUUUGAUGGGCAUGGUCUGUAUGGUGCUGAAUGUUCGAAUUUCGUUAAGGAUAGGUUAGUUGAAAUAUUAGCAAGUGAUCCUAUGUUGUUGGAUGAUCCUGUUAAAGCUUAUAGUUCUGCGUUUUUAAGGACGAAUUCUGAGUUACAUAGUAGUAAAAUUGAUGAUUCUAUGAGUGGUACCACUGCAAUAACUGUUGUUGUUAUUGGAGAUAAGAUUUAUGUUGCUAAUGUGGGUGAUUCAAGAGCGGUGAUCGGUAUUAAGAAUGGGAAUAGUAUUAUAGCUGAGGAUUUGUCUAGUGAUCAAACCCCGUUUAGGAAAGAUGAGUAUGAGAGGGUGAAGUUAUGCGGGGCUAGAAUUAUGAGUGUUGAUCAAGUGGAAGGGUACAAGGAUCCUAAUAUCCAGAUAUGGGAUGAUGAGGAAAGUCAAGGGGGUGAUCCUCCUAGGUUGUGGGUGCCGAAUGGGAUGUAUCCAGGUACUGCAUUUACGAGAAGUGUAGGGGAUAGCACGGCAGAAACUAUUGGUGUUAUUUCUGAUCCAGAGGUUUCUAUUGUUCAAAUUAUGCCUAAUCACCUCUUCUUUGUGGUUGCAAGUGAUGGAGUUUUUGAGUUCCUUUCAAGUCAAGCCGUUGUUGAUAUGGUGGCUAGAUAUGCCGAUCCCAGAGAUGCAUGUGCAGCAAUCGCUGGAGAGUCAUACAAACUAUGGCUGGAGCACGAAAAUCGGACGGACGAUAUUACAAUCAUCAUUGUACACAUUAAAGAAUCCUCUAAUCCAGGUGCUGCUGUUAUGGAUGUAAGUGCAACCACUGAAGUCACCAGGAAUCCAAUGAGCUCAAGUACACAAAAUGAAUCCUCCAACUUUUCCAAUGCCUCUGGGUCAGAUAUCUACCGUUCAAUGAGGAGUGAAUUCUCGGAUCAGCAGCAUACAGUAAUUCGAAACCCAGCCAUUGUUGUUCCAUCUCCAUCACAUCAGAAACCCUUGGAUUUGGAUGGAGGGUAGCAACCCCUGGGAAAUUGAGCAUGCUUCGUCCCACGUGUACAAGCACUUGCCCCAAGGAUCGUCUAGCAGGGCAUGGUUUGAUACUAAUGUCACUAACCAGUAACCACACCAACUUUCUGCUGUAGUGAAACAACCACGGGCAACAUUCAAACAUAAACGAAUGAUAUUACCGGAGGCUGAGAAGUGGUGCAGUUGUGAAAUUCAUGAUGAUGUAUAUAUGCUCUCUUUUUUUACACACUAGUUAGGAAGAAGAAACGUUGAGGAGUUACUAGCUCUUAUAUCAGCUCUACCAUGUUCAAUUUUUGAGUUUUCCUCCUAUUAUCUCUGUUGCUGUUAUUGAUUCUGCAUUUUCCUUCAGGGCAAGUUCUACAAUUUUUUCA